CGCAAGAUGGAUUUCCAGAAGCUCCUGUUAGAUGCAGGCAGAGCCCUGAGUCAGGACGAGAUAAAAGCUUUAGCGUUUCUUUGCACCGACCUUCUGGGUCGAAGCCUGUCCUCAGUGGAGGAGGCCAGUGACCUCUUCUCUCUGCUGGCGGAUCAGGAUCACCUCUCUGCUGAGCGACCUCAGCUGCUGACUGAACUUCUCCUCAUCAUCCAACGCACCCGUCUGAUCCGAAACCUCGGGCUCUCAGACCAAGCACCUACCAGGAGCCUCAUUUCCCCCUACAGAAAGCUGCUGUACAACCUGUCUGAGGAGAUUACUGAUGAUGACUUGAGAGAUAUGAAGUUCUUGCUGAACAAAAAUCUGCCACGUAGGAAACUGGAGGAAAAGUCUACACUCAGCGUCUUCUUGGAGAUGGAGCACAUGGACCUCAUCAGUGACACUAAUCUAACUUUACUGGAGGAAAUAAUUGGCUCAGUCUGUCCCAUGUUGAACGAGAAGAUCACCAAGUUUAAAGCACAGCAGGUGACUCCCACCAGCUCCACAGUUCAAGAAACAGCACGGCCGAGGUCUUCAUCGUGCACUUUUGAACCAAACCCGGCUCCUCGAUCUUUAGAUCCUAAGAGGUCUGCCUCAUUUGAAAUUCCAGAAGAAUUCCCACCAUUGGCAGAGUCGAUCAUGAAUACUUCCAACACCUCUAUGGAUGUGCCAAAUGUGUGUCUGGGUGUAGAUGAACGUGACCGUCUCUCACAGCAACUGAGAAGUUUGAACACUGAUAGAAACAUCAACGUCCUACAAAGUAAUUUGGGGAUUGAUGCUGUGCAAAUGUCGCCGGCUCAGACUCCAAACACAAACAAUGAGGUUUUGGGAUCAUAUCGCAUGAAUAGAGCAAAGAGAGGUUUCUGCCUGAUAAUUAACAACCAUGACUUCGCUAAGUCCAGACCAAGUCUCAAGGAUCGGAAGGGGACUGAGAUUGAUGAAGACUGUCUGAAAAAAGUGUUUGAGUGGCUUGGCUUUGAGGUAGAGAUACAGAGCGACUGUACAAGGCAGAAGAUGCUGUCUUUGAUGCAGGACCUGGGCAGCAGGGACCACAGUCAGAUGGACUGCCUCGUAUGCUGCUUUCUCAGCCACGGCCUACAGGGACAGGUGUUCGGUGUGGACGGCAAAACUGUGGAGAUUGAAGAGCUGAAGAGACCUGUCAAUGGAAUGAAGUGCACCACGCUGGCAGAAAAACCCAAGCUGUUUUUCAUCCAGGCCUGCCAGGGCAACAACGAUCAGAGGCCAGUGUACAUCGAGUCUGACGGUCCUGUUUGCAGCGAUGCUGUUAGAUUUGCGUCCAUCCCGUUCGAUGCAGACUUCCUGCUGGGAAUGGCCACCGUUCCUUCUUACGUCUCUUUCCGAGAGAGGACAUGCGGCACCUGGUUCAUUCAGUCAUUGUGCCGAAACCUUGUCCAGAUGGUGCCAAGCCAUUAUGACCUUUUGUCUAUCUUGACAAAAGUGAACGAUGAUGUAAGCCAGAAGACGGAUUCCUCCGGUCAGAAGAAACAGAUGCCCCAGCCGUCCACCACACUCAGGAAGAGAGUCGUCUUUCCCGUCCCUGAAGCCCCGCCCCCCAGCCUGCCGCCUGAUGCCUGAUUACUUGCUGCUUGUUUGACUGACAGCUCAUCAGAUGGUCCCUUCUGUCUUACCUUUAAAUCUGCUGGACAUUUUGGUAUAAGCCUUCAUCCAAAAUUUGUUUUAACCAAUUUUUUUCAUAACAACACCUCAGACUAUCAAUUUGCUGAUAACAACCAUGAGAUGUGAUCAAAAGCUCAGGAAAAGCUGGUAUAACACACGGUAUUAUACACCAGGUCCCCACUAGAAACGCUGUAUGAACAUUUUAUUAAUAAAUGAUAAAUUGCUUGUUAAUUCAACUUAAGUUACUAGUUAUUUUACUAUUCACAAACUAUGAAAUGAUAAUUACAGGAGCCUCCUCUUCACAUUAAUAUUUCUAGUUUUUAAAAAAAAAGUCUUUGUUUGUAUUUUGCCAUUUUGUAGUUUGCAAAACAACAAACAAACAAAUGAGUAUGAAUAUGUAUUUCUCACAAGUACGUAAUGUAUAGCCCCCGCCGGCAGGGGCUCUCUGGAUUAAAAUGUUAUUUGUUUUUACUAAUUACUAGUAAUAUUAUUUGUUAUUUUAACAGUUACACACUUUCCAACAUUUAUUAUGCUAUGUCCAAUAUUUGUUAAUGAAUACCAAUGAUUUGUAAGCUUUUGAAAAAUUGUUUGUAAAACAUCUAUAACUGUUAUGUAUGGAUAUAACAAAGUAGCAACUGACGAUUACAAUACUUUAUGUGGUUAAUACAUAUUUUUUAAAGCAUCUAUGAACAUUAUUUAGGCAGGUAAUGCUUGUUUGCAUGGCUAUUACAAAGUUUUAACCAUAAUGCUUAGUAUUGAUAAUAAUUGAAUUUGCUUCAUUCUGUUUUUGUUUACAUUUUACACAGCAUCACAGCUGUUUAAGAAUUGUAUUAUAGUGAUUUUAUUAUAAUCAUCAGUUGCAACUUCUGCCAUCUAAAUAAUGUUUAUGGAUGGAUUACAAAUAAUUUGGUUUACAUUAACAAAUACUUAAUAUAGUUUAUAUAAUGUUUAAUGUGUUCAACAAUAAACUGU